UCCCAUAAUGCAUCCUCAAGUGGUCAUCUUAAGCCUCAUCCUACAUCUGGCAGAUUCUGUAGCUGGUUCUGUAAAGGUUGAUGGAGUGGCAGGUUCGUCUGUCACACUACCCUGCCACUACAGUGGAGCUGUCACAUCCAUGUGCUGGAAUAGAGGCGCAUGUUCUUUAUUCACAUGCAGAAUUGGCAUUGUCUGGACCAAUGGAACCCACAUCACGUAUCAGAAGGACACACGCUAUAAGCUAUUGGGGGACCUUUCAAGAAGGGAUGUCUCUCUGACUAUAGAAAAUACAGCUGUGUCUGACAAUGGCGUAUAUUGUUGCCGCGUUGAGCACCGUGGGUGGUUCAAUGACAUGACAAUCACCGUAUCAUUGGAGAUUGUGCCACCCAUGGUCACGACUACUCCAGUUGUCACAACUGUUCCAACCGUCACGACUGUUCGAACGAGCACCACUGUUCCAACGAGCACCACUGUUCCAAUGACAACGACUGUUUCAAUGACAACGAGCGUUCCAAUGACAACGAGCAUUCCAAUGACAACAAGUGUUCCAAUGACAACAAUGGUCUCUACCUUUGUUCCUCCAAUGCCUUUGCCCAGGCAGAACCAUGAACCAGUAGCCACUUCACCAUCUUCACCUCAGCCAGCAGAAACCCACCCUACGACACUGCAGGGAGCAAUAAGGAUACAACCCACCAGCUCACCAUUGUACUCUUACACAACAGAUGGGAAUGACACCGUGACAGAGUCUUCAGAUGGCCUAUGGAAUAACAAUCAAACUCAACUGUCCCCAGCACAUAGUCUACAGACGGCCAACAUCACUAAAGGAAUCUAUGCUGGAGUCUCUGUUUCUGUUUUGGUGCUUCUUGCUAUUUUGGGUGUCAUCAUUGCCAAAAAGUAUUUCUUCAAAAAGGAGGUUCAACAACUAAGUGUUUCGUUUAGCAGCCCUCAAAUUAAAGCUUUGCAAAAUGCAGUUGAAAAGGAAGUCCAAGCAGAAGAAAAUAUCUACAUUGAGAAUAGUCUUUAUGCCACGGCCUAAGACCCAGUGGUGCUCUUUGAGAGUUUACACCCAUGACUGCAGAAGACUGAACAGAUAUCAGCACAUCAGACAUCUUUGAGACCCCAAGACAACUUUUCUGUUUCAGUUUCAUCUGGCAUUCCAACAUGUCAGUGAUACUGGGUAGAGUAACUCUCUCACUCCAAACUGUGUAUAGUCAACCUCAUCAUUAAUGUAGUCCUAAUUUUUUAUGCU